AUGGAGGUGGAAACUGACCGCAAAACUCCUACCAAAAGAAAGAGUUCAUUCUACUCAAUCAAACUCAUAAUAUGUGUCUUGGUACUGUUUUUAUUUGUCAUUCUUUUCCAAGCAGAAACAUCUUCUCUUGAUUCUUAUUCCUUAUCACCCACUGCUUCUUCAUGGGCAUUUUUCAAGAAAUGGAAAGGUUUGGCAUUGAAAGCCAACCAUGGUCCAAGUCACUCAGAUAUUACAGACAGUACUAUAAUCUCAAAGCUCCGAGAAUCUGUGACUUUCCUUCCCUUAAAAGACCUCAGGUUUUCUGAGACUGCCAUGUCAGGGAACACUUGGUUUAUGAGCUCCUUGAAUGACACUUAUGAGGAAAAUGAAGCUGAGUACCUCUAUUUCCCUUCAAAAGCAUCAAAGGGAAGGCUUUUGUGCAUCAAGGGUCGUGAUGUAAGAGAUGGCACAAAAAGCUCAUAUGCUUUGGCUUGGCCAGAAAGUCUUCCAGACAAAACUUUGUUCAUGAAGGGCUUGACUUUUCUGUCAGACAGUUACUAUGACUAUGUGAAUUUGUGGCAUGGGGUGUGUGCUAUGGCUCCAUUUGUUGGUUGGUCCAUGAAGAAUGAGUGCUUAAGACCAACAAGAUGGGUACUAUACCAUUGGGGUGAGCUUAGGAAUAGCAUGGGAAAAUGGCUUCAGAACCUAAUGCAAGCAACCUAUGGGGAAGUUUUGGUUGAGGGAUUUGAAAAAGGAGAUGAUGGGCCUUAUUGUUUUGAAAAGGCAAUAGUGAUGAGGCAUAAUUUGGGGAACAUGGGGAAGGAGAAGAAGCUUGAGGUUUUUGAUUUGUUGAGAUGUAAAGCGAGAGGUUUUUGUGGCAUUAACCAAGCAGAUAGAGGGAGAGAAGUCAAUGAAAGAGGGGAGCCAAUCAUAAGGCUAACUUUGCUGAUGAGGAGAGGUUCAAGAUCUUUCAGAAAUGCAAGUGCUGUGACUGACAUAUUUGCAAGGGAAUGUGCAAGAGUGGAGGGUUGCUUGUUGAAGGUAAUUCAGUCAGAGGAUCUUACUUUCUGUGACCAGGUCAAAGUUAUGUCUAACACCGACAUUGUAGCAUCUCCUCAUGGGGCUCAGCUAACAAACAUGCUUUUCAUGGAUAGAAAUAGUAGCAUAAUGGAAUUCUUCCCCAAAGGAUGGUUGGAGCUCGCAGGCUUAGGCCAGUAUGCACAUCAUUGGAUGGCAGACCUAUCAGGGAUGAAACACCAAGGUGCUUGGUGGGAUCCAAAUGGCGAAAAGGAAUGCCCAUUUCCCAAAGAAGAUCCUGAAUGCUUUACCUUCUAUAAAGAUGGCAAGGUUGGUCAUAAUGAAACCUUCUUUGCAGAGUGGGCAAGACGUGUCCUCAAGCAAGUAAGGAUAAGCAAGCUGGAACAAGCCAACAAGAGUACACCUCUGAAAUCAAGCGCUUGUAUAUGCUAAUCCUAGUUGUUCAUUUUAGUUUUUACUUCUUCACUAAAAGUGCACAAGUGGAGGUAAUAUAUGGAAGGGACGACAGUUCUUUCUUUGAUACAAAAUACAAAAAUCAUUUCA